CUAUCCUGCUUUUCUUCGCUUCUCUCUUCCCCGCUCUCUCAUUCUUCUCAUACAAGUCUGUUGUUGGAGGGACACACGUAUCCAGCCCACCAAAGAUUUACUCAAUUUAUCCCAGACGAGACACACACUCGCAACGACCGGACCGUCGAAUCUCGCGACUCCGGCGACAUGUCGACGGCGGUGGCAGAGGUGCGGCCGCCCUACGGGUUCCCCGGAUCCGGGAAGGGGAGCGGCGGCGGGUAUGGGAAGGAGGCGCACUUGGCCGCGGCCGGGAAGAGGAGGAGCGACGGCUUCUUCAUAGAGGAGGAGGAGGUUGAAGAAGACGUGCUGACUGACAACUCGUCGAUCGGGGCGCCGUCUCCCUCGGGAUCGUCGAUCGGUGAGAACUCGUCGUCGGAGGCCGGCGGGGACGACGGGGAGGAGGAGGUCGAGAGCAAGCUCAAGGAGGGUGAUGUGCUCGGCUGCUUGGACGCGCUCGAGGACUCCUUGCCGAUCAAGAAGGGCCUCUCGAGCUUCUACUCCGGCAAGUCUAAGUCGUUCACCAGCCUCGCCGAGGCCACAGCGGCGGCGGCGGCGGUCAAGGAGGUGCUGGCCAAGCCGGAGAAGCCCUUCAACAAGCGCCGCCGCAUCCUGGCCAACUGGUCCAGGAGAGCCUCCUGCAGCUCGCUGGCCACGGCCACCUACCUGCCUCAGCUCUUGGGCCCCGACCACGCCGUGGCCGAAGGGGACGAGGGCGAGGAGGACGACUCCGACGACGACGUGGAGUACAGCCAGGUGCCGCACCACGGCAAGAACGUCAGGGACGCGCCGACAUCGCCACUGCCGCUCCCUAGACUCGGCGGUGUUGGCAGCAUGCAGAGGAGGAACGGCCUUGGGAGCUUCAGAUCUCCUAGGUCCUUCUCGCUGUCUGAUCUCCGUAAUAGCAGUGCUGAUGGUAGUGAUUAGCGGCCACAGAUUUGCUUGCAGCUCUGGCCUCUCCUGGCCAGUAAGUAGAGAUGUAGUAGCCACUUGCUAUAUGGUUCCGGUGUAUAAGAUCCAAAUUUGUUGUGUUCAACCUCCUCCUAGCUUUCUUUAACCUCAGAUUCCGAAGAAGUGCAUCGACUGACCUAACAACUCUGGAGGUAUCAUUAACAAAUGGUGAUCAUGGUAGUCA